AUGACGCCGAUCCUUGCUGCUGGCUUCACGAACGUAGCCCGUGACUAUGGCGUCUCUCACGCCCGAGUCGCGCUCACUACUGGAUUAUACAUGAUGGGUCUCGGUGUGGGGUCCGUCGUGCUCUCCCCGACGGCGAUCUUGUACGGCAAAAGGCCGGUCUACCUAGUAUCUGCGAUAUGCUUCGUGCUGUCGUCGGUAUGGUGUGCUCUCUCGCCGAACUUUGCUAGUCUUAUCGUCGCGAGAGUGUUCCAGGGUGUGGCGGUCAGCUCGGUGGAGUGCCUUCCCAGUGCGACGGUGGCGGAGAUUUACUUUUUGCAUGAAAAGGCGUAUCGAUUGGGAAUCUAUACAUUGCUGUUGCUUGGAGGGAAGAACUUGGUGCCUUUGGUGAGCGCGGCUAUCAUUCAGAGUUUGGGCUGGAGGUGGGUAUUCUGGAUCGUUGCCAUCAUCGUUGGAUUCGGAUUUGUUUUGCUCUUCCUCUUCGUUCCGGAGACAUUUUGGGACCGCACUCCUCGGCCGCAUAAGCAUAAGCAACACAGAGGCAGCACGUCCAGUCUGCAUGCGAAAUGGAAGAAAGGAGCAGGAUCGCAGCCUUCGAGUCCAAUGGCGGAGAAGAUGCCCGGUCGUGCUGCAAAGGCCGAGGGCGACCCGAGUCCGACUGUGCCCACCACCCAGGAUCACGCGCAAGACUACUUUACUCAACCCGCCACGACGAACUCGCACUCGCCACCUCACACGCCCAUCACGCCCAUCUCCCCGGCCCCAACCGACCUCUCCGCCCAUAUCGACCCACGAAACGCAUACACAACCCACUACGCCACAUCGCCGCCCAAAACCUUCCUCCAGCAACUAGUUCCCUACUCCGGUCGUCUCGUCUCCGACUCCUGGUUCCGCGUCGCCUUUCGCCCGUUCAUCCUCUUCGCCUAUCCCGCCAUCCUCUGGAGCGCCCUCGUCUACUCCCUCUCCGUAGGCUGGCUGAUCGUCCUCUCCGAGUCCGUGAGUGACAUCUACCGCUCCUCGGAGACAUACAACUUUACCGCCUUGCAGGCUGGACUGGUGUACAUAUCUCCCUUCGUCGGCGGUAUUCUCGGCACCGCCGUCGCCGGCAAAGUCUCAGAUGUCAUCGUCCGCUACCUGGCCCGAAAGAAUGGCGGCGUCUACGAACCGGAAUUCCGUCUCGUAAUGGCCAUUCCCAUCGCUCUCACCACAACUCUUGGCCUCAUGGGCUACGGCUGGUCCGCCCAGGAGCGCGACAACUAUAUCGUACCCACCAUUUUCUUCGGCAUCAUCUCCUUCGGCUGCUCGCUCGGCUCCACCACGUCCAUCACCUUCGCUGUCGACUCCUAUCGUCAAUACGCGGGCGAAGCACUCGUGACGUUGAAUUUCAGCAAGAAUGUUCUGCAUGGUUUGGUGUUUAGUUUAUUCUUUAAUCGGUGGUUGGAAGCCGAUGGGAGCAAGGAGGUGUUUUUAAUCAUUGGAGGCUUGCAGCUGGCGUUGAUGGGAACGACGAUUCCGAUGUUUAUCUUUGGGAAGAGAGGCAGAAUGUGGACUGUGAGGAAGGCGUUGAUGGAGAAGUUUUGA